UAAUGUGCAACUGGAGAUGCUCACCUAAAAACUCACAGGGAAACACUGGCAACUUUUAGCUGGGCAUUUAAUCAAAACUGAGACAAAUAGUAUGUGUACAGAGCGUUUCAAAUUCUCUCUUGUGAAAGCAUCUGCGUGGAUACAGAACACUUGCCCAGCCUUGAAGUGCAGGUUUCUCUUGAUUUUCAUCUCUGGAAACUCUGCAUUACACAGAACUCCAUACUGGAGUCUCCCAUCUGAAAACGCCUUCUGAAGAAGCCUUUGGACUUCACCUUAAGGUAGCUYCAUGUGUCUUCAAACUGCUUCUUAAAAAGAACAAAAAGAAAGACAGAUUUCCACUUUCGAGAUCACAUCAUCGUCUUUCCUGUGAGAAUAACAUGAAUCAGAAGGUGUUAGUUUUCCUUCUUCCAAAUUUUAUAUUUGGGGUAUUUCUUUUUGGAUUUUUCUGUAAGAGACAAAAAAACUUAACAGAGGCUUUUCCCAAAAAUUGGCUGGCAAUUCAAAAUGGUCGGAAAAACACACUGGCUUCUGUCUGCCUGAAGAAUAACCUUAAUAAACCAAGAAACAAAUUGGAUUCUCAUGUUGCAAACCAACUAUUUGUGGAGCACAAGCAUAAAUUUAUCUACUGUGAGGUGCCCAAGGUAGGCUGCUCCAACUGGAAGAGAACUAUUUUUCUUCUUCAAUCUGACUUGAAUGCAGAACCUUCUGAAAUUGAGCAUGAUGACAUCCACCACACCUCACUGAUCAAAAGGCUGGUGACUUACCCUCCUGCCUCACAAAAGGAAUUUCUAAGCAAUUACACCAAAGUGAUAUUCACCAGACAUCCCUUGGAACGGCUGGUUUCAGCUUACAGAGACAAACUCCUGCACUCUGAGCCAUUCUACAGUAUCACUGUUGCUAAUGAGAUUAGGGCYAUGUUCAGGAAAAAUAAAAAUUCUUCUGAAAAAGUGAGUUUCCAGGAGUUUGUCAGCUUCAUUAUAGCAAAACCACCACAUACUCUUGACAUUCACUGGAAACCAAUGUUUCUGCUCUGUGAUCCUUGCAGCAUUCACUAUGAUAUUGUGGGUAAGUAUGAAACUCUUGGGUUGGACUCUGAGCAUGUUCUGAAGGUCAUUGGAGCACCAGAGAGCCUGCAGUACCCCAACUUGAAGAGAUAUGGGUCAGAGAAACGAACUAAUGGUGAUAUCACCUUGGAGUACCUCAGACAAUUGACCUCAGAACAAAUUGAAAAGAUAAAAAUGUUGUAUCAAAUGGAUUUUUUUUUGUUCAACUACACUAUGGAAUAUGAGGAUUAUUUUUCCCUGAAUGACUAAUGUAGGUUAAACAAAGAACAAUUUCCUUUGUAUAAAAUGGGCUGAACUUGUGCUCACAGGUGCUUGAUAGGUGGGCUGGUGACUGCUGCUGAGAUUAUCCUGGAGUUUGUAGAUAUGGUUUAUCAUCCUGAGCACUCCUAUAAAAAAUCCCUGCCAUGAUCUCUUGUACCAUGCAAAACUUUACCUAUUAAAAUGAUUGUCUUCCUGUUGAUCUUUAAUGGCAUACAUUUGUUUAAUGAAAACUGUUCAUAAAUGACAGAUUUUGGUCCAUUGGUAAGGGACAUGGAAAGGAUGAAGAAUGUUGUUUUUCACAAUGAAUAUUUUAGAACACCAUUUUAAUGUAAAUUAUUUUUAUUAUUAAAGACACAAGAAACAAUAAAUAAUCUG